UUGCCCACAUGUGGAACAUCCAGACAGAAGAAUUCUGUUACACAUCUUGGUUCUACUGCGUGUUUUGGGUUAAAUUGUCAAUUGAUUUUGAAGAUGAACAGUUUUCAGUUUGUUAAAUAGAACCGGCUUUCAAACCGAACACUCUUCAGUUGAUCAUGGCCAGAUUACAAUAUUUGUUCGACACUAUUUCCAUUGCUAAGAAGUUGGUCAUGCACGUAAACAAACAGCAUUUUGCAUCGAAAAUGCAAUGUUUUUACUCAUCAAAUGCUCCAGACUUUCUUAAAUACUCGAAAGAAGAUAUAAAGGCCUUGGAUAGGAAAACACUUCAAUUAAUUUGCAAGGCUAUUGGAAUAAACCGUGGAAUCAAGACAUCUGCAAUGAUUGACAGAAUAGCAAAGCAUAUGGAUGAGCAAAGCCUUUCUGAACUCACAUUCUUUCCUUUUCAAAAUGAGAGUAAACUGUAUCAAAAAAUGACUUCAGAUAUGGACCCAUUAUCAAUAUCGCUCUCAAGUGAGAAAGUAUGUGGACUUGAUCGUGUUUAUGAAGGGAAGUUUCCAAGUGUAACAACUAUCCUCAGUGCCACUAAAUCAAAGAAGAAUCUUGAACAGCUUGCAAGAUGGAGAAACAAGGAACUUGGACAAAUGGGACUAAAGAAUUUUAUCAAGAUGGAACAAGAAACAUUUGUUUCUGGAACAAGACUUCAUGAGGUGAUGGCACAGUGGUUAAAUGAUUAUCAUGAGUAUGAACAAACAAAAGCUAAAGAAUUCAAGCAAAACUGUAGUUUAUUUCGCACAAAGGAAGAUCGGCUUACAGAUAGAGAGAAUUUUAUUAUAAAAACCCUGCAAAAGUUUAUGUCACCAAGUGGUGCUGGUAUCAGUCGUACAUACAACCAAAUGGUUAGUCUUAUUCAGGUAUUGAAAGACAUUGACCAAGUACUUGCUGUUGAAAGUUGCACAGUUCAUAAAGAACUUAUGUAUGCCGGAACUGUUGACUGCCUUGCUGUAUUCAGAGAUGCAGUUUGUUUAAUUGACUGGAAAACAACUAAAAGACCAAGAAGAAGUGUGGGAUCCUGUUAUGAUUAUCCAGUUCAACUAGCAGCUUAUGUGGCUGCAAUCAAUGCAGACCCUGCUUAUAAUUUCAAGGUUGAGAAUGCUGUGCUUGUUUUUUGUCACAAUGAUGGUACUGUGGCAGACGUUCACAUGUUCUCAAUAGAGAAAUUACUUCCUUUUUAUUACGAAUGGCAGGGCAGACUUCAGCUGUUUAAAAGAAACUUUUACGGUACAACGAAUCCUGCUCAAAAUGAACUGAAUAGUGCAAAAGAAGAGACAGAAAGUUUCUGGCGUGAUGAUGAUGACCCAAAUAAUUUGAACGUUGGAAAUGUUUCAAUUAGGUAGCGAAUGAGGUUGAUCUAAAUGCUACACAAAACUUGAAGAGAUGGCAAAAUUCCAGUGGCGUUUCCCUGUCACAAUUUUGAAAGAGCGAACUUAGGUAUGUGUUUUUUAUGGUCUUGUAGGAACGAUUUAACCUGUUUUUAGACAAAAAAGUUUUAGAACAGAUUUUACAAAUUUUUUAAGACUGCAACCUACUUUUUUAUAAAAAAUCGACCUGCCCAAAAAUAUUUUUUUCAAAGAUGCCUCUUUUAUUGCCGAACUUGAUUAAUUUCUGGUUUAUUUUGGUCGUAUAAAAGCAGAAUAACCUGUUUUUUGUAAAAAUAAUUUUGAAAAUUUUUUAUCAUUUUUCUAAGCCUAUCGCCUCGCCCUUUUUAUAAAAUAUCAGCAAGUCAAAAAACCUUUGCAAAAACAGUUUUUUUUGCAAAAUAUGGCUUUAAUUUCAUAACUAAAUUUGCUGUUAGUUUGUUAUGAUUAAUAUAUGCAGAAUAAUUUUUCAAGAAAAAACUAAUUUUUGAUGAAAAUCAACCAUUUUUCUAUGCCUAUAGCCUUACUUUUCUAUGAAAAAUUGACCUGUCUAGAAACUGCUUUAUUAGAAAAUGCCUCUUUCAUUUCUGGACUUAUUUUUAUUUUGGUCUAUUUUGAUCAUAUAUUUGACGCUUAAGUGAAAUUUAAUCAGAGCUAAUUUCACGAGGGUCUUUUCAGCUUUAACUAAUUCGCUUGGAAUUUUUGUUAUUACUUAUUCGUCAUGGUCUCUUGUGCCACGCUUUCUCGCAUUUUUCUUGUAUCUGCCCUACUAUUUCAUUGGCAAUGCAAAAACAGAUUGGCAAUGUCUUUCGGCCUCCUGAGGAUUUGAUUUGUAAAACUAGGGUGGGGUGUGUGUUUUGUUGCGUUUUCAUUCCCUUGGUUAAUGUAGAGGUUUUCAAGGUUUUGGCAUAGCGUGGGUCUCACCUUGCUUGCUGAAGCCUCAAUUCAAGUAUGCUGUUUAUUUUGUACGUGAAGUCUCAAUGAGAGUUAACUAUCAGAUGUGUCAUAUGGUUAUUCGCCAGGUAUACAUUCCUCUACUGAUUAACCAGGUAUGUUUUAGAACUUUUUUAGAUAAUGCUUUGUUGUUUUGGCAGUUUCAUUUGUUAUUGGUAUGAAUGGGAGCGCUCAAGCUUCGUUCGUAGAGAAUUUUUUGUCACCUCGUGCUGCGGCUUUCUCGGUGGGCUUUUCGCUCACAAUGUAAUUGCAGCCAAUUCUGCCUAUAGUUCCACACUCAUUUCGUUAUCAUAACUUCUUGGGUAACAAUUAUUUACGGCUCUUUCGCAAUACUAUUCUUUAUAUCGCCAACACGAAUAGAUAGGCUUAAUUGUUUGAAAUUUCCUUGAGUAACCGUUAUUCUUUCAACUGUUUCUCGCUAUAAAUGUAAACAGCAUCUGAAGUUUUGUUUAUUGGUUGUGUUAAUGCUUGGAAAUUCCAAUUUUUUGCAAUCUUAACUAAAAUUCUAAACUUAAAGUGAAUUCAAGUUGUAGAAUCUUUUAUAGAUUUUAGGGUUUGUUGUGUCGGCAAUUAUUUUCCGUUCUGUGCUAUUCAUUCGUUGCUUUGGUGCAGCCAGAUAACGUUGUAGGCAAUUUUCGGCUUUUUACUAGUCUUCCAUCAAGGGUUGCUGAUAAAUCAUUUAUGCUAUCACUUCUAGAUUUAAGCCAGGUAAAUGGCGACUUUAGCUCGUUAUCGAAAAAGAAGCUAGAUUUGUUUUCCAAGCAUGGUAUUUCAAGUUUAGAUGCUUUUAAAGAGAUUCUGAAUAAAGUCAAUAUCCAAGACCCUUUAGCUUGGUUGUUUCUAAGGAAUCUAUCUUUAAGCUUUCCAUUCACUGGAAUGAUAUGAGGUUACUAGCCUUUAGUGGGGUACAGUGGCUCGGAGAUUUGAAAAACAAUUUCGAGAAAAUUUGGCCAUUUUUCCAAGCCUAUAGCCUUACUUUUUUAUGAGAAA